UGAAAACGAAAGGAUCAGAAUAUCAACUUGAACAUGUAGUCCAUUCUGGUGGAAAGACAAAGCUACUACGAAAACUACUGAUGGAUGUCCCUCAAGAGGGAGAGGAUGCUGUUGGUGGAGAUCAGACAGGCAGAGCAGCAUGUGCCGUGUCCAGCCACGUGUCCAUGAAGAAGGAGGAGCCCGUCACUGAUGGGCAUCAGGGGGUCAGCACAGGAAGAGUGCUGUCUUAUCCAAGACCACAGACAUACAGACCAGUGUCUCCAGUGCCCAGCUGUGUGUCCAUGAAGAGUGACUGGUCAAUGGGGGAUCCUCCCACUUUCAGCAGUGGACCACCACAGUCUGAUUCGGGACCACAGACACACAGACCAGUGUCUCCAGUGCCCAGCUGUGUGUCCAUGAAGAGUGACUGGUCAAUGCGGGAUCCUCCCACUUUCAGCAGUGGACCACCACAGUCUGAUCCAAAACCACAGACACACAAACCAGUGUCUCCAGUGCCCAGCUGUGUGUCCAUGAAGAGUGACCAGUCCAUGGAUCACCCUAUCAGACUCAGCAGUGGACCACCACCGUCUGAUCCAAAACCACAGACACACAGACCAGUGUCUCCAGUGCCCAGCUGUGUGUCCAUGAAGAGUGACUGGUCAAUGGGGGAUCCUCCCACUUUCAGCAGUGGACCACCACAGUCUGAUCCAAAACCACAGACACACAGACCAGUGUCUCCAGUGCCCAGCUGUGUGUCCAUGAAAAGUGACCAGUCCAUGGAUCACCCUAUCAGACUCAGCAGUGGACCACCACCGUCUGAUCCAAAUGUUUGGAGGAGCAGUCUAACUGAGCAUGCUCCAGUCAACAGGGCUGAAUUAGCAGACAAGCAUGUCCUGAACAAAGUACUGAUGACCCAUAAAGACAGCAUGAAGAGGAGGUUUGAGAGCAUAUCUGAAGGCAUCAUAAGGUCGGGGACUCAAACACUCCUGAACAAGAUCUACACAGAGCUCUACAUCACAGAGGGGGAGAGUGAAGGGGUGAAUAAUGAGCAUGAGGUUUGGCAGGUAGAGUCAGCAUCCAGGCCACAAACCACAGAGGACACAGGAAUCAACUGUAAUGACAUCUUCAAGCCCUUACCUCGACAGGAGAGACACAUCAGAAUUGUGAUGACCAAGGGGAUUGCUGGCAUUGGAAAAACUGUGUCCGUGCAGAAGUUCAUCCUUGACUGGGCAGAGGAGAAAGCUAACCAGGAUGUAGAUUUCAUGUUUUUGCUUCCGUUCCGUGAGCUGAAUUUAGUCAAACAUGAUCAGUACAGUCUUCACAGGCUCCUGCUUGACUUCCACCCUGAGCUUAAAGAGCUACAAGAUGGUGAAUACAAAGACUGCCACAUUGUGUUCAUCUUUGAUGGUCUGGAUGAGAAUCGACUUCCACUGAAUUUUGAAAAGAAUCAGACGGUGGCUGAUGUGACACAAACAUCAUCAGUGGAUGUGCUGAUGACGAGCCUCAUUCAGGGAACUCUGCUUCCUUCUGCUCUCAUCUGGAUAACCUCCCGACCAGCAGCAACCAGUCAGAUCCCUUCUCAGUGCAUCAGUCAGGUGACAGAAGUACGAGGGUUCAAUGAUCCGCAGAAGGAAGAGUAUUUCAGGAAGAGGAUUAGUGACCAGAUUCAAGCCAACAAAAUCAUCUCACACAUUGUGGCAACCAGGAGUCUCCACAUCAUGUGUCACAUGCCAGUCUUCUGUUGGAUCUCAGCCACUGUCCUUCAGCAGAUACUGGAACAAGAUGAUGGGAAAGAAGCCCCCAAAACACUGACUGAGAUGUUCAUACACUUCCUGCUCAUCCAGACCACCAGGAAGAACCAGAAGUUUCAAGAAGAAUGUGAGACAGAUAGACAGAGGCUCCUGGAGUCACACAAAGGUGUCAUAUUGAAACUGGCAGAACUGGCUUUCAAGCAUCUGGAGAAUGGCAAUCUCAUGUUCUAUGAGGAAGACCUGAGAGAGUGUGGCAUUGAUGUGAGUGAAGCUUCAGUGUACUCUGGCAUGUGCACUGAGAUCUUCAGGGAGGAAUGUGUGUUUCACCACAAGACGGUCUACUGCUUUGUGCAUCUGAGCAUCCAGGAGUUUCUGGCUGCACUGCAUGUGUUUGCCUCCUAUCUGAAAGAAAACACGUUGGAUGCAUUUCUCAGUAGAACUUCCUUGAAGAGACUUCCUAGUCGAGACUAUAAUGAUGAGGAGGAGGAGGAGAGUAAAGGGAAGAAAGGAGAAGGGGAGGAGGAAGAGGAGGGGGGAGAAGAGAAGGAUGAGGAGGAAGAGGAGGAUGAGGAAGAAGAAGGGUAUGAUGAUGACAGUUAUGAUGAUUAUGACAGUUAUGAUUAUGAUGAUGAUUGUUAUCAUGAUAAUACUUUGUUUAAUCUGUUGAAAGGGGAAGUGGAUAAGGCUUUGGAUAGCAAGAAUGGACACCUGGACCUUUAUAUCCGCUUCCUUGUAGGCAUCUCAGUAGAGCAGAAUCAGGCCCUUUUACAAGGCUUAUUUCCAAGCAUCCACAACAGUUCAGGGAAUAUCAAGAGCACAUGCACAUAUAUCAAGGAACUCAACAGGAAGGACCUGUCUCCUGAAAGAUUCAUCAAUCUUUUACACUGCUUACUUGAGAUGAAUGAUCAUUCUCUACAUCAAGAAGUUCAAGUAUAUCUGGCAUCACCAGAUGGCUUUCUUGAUGAAUUGUCACUUGCCCAUUGGUCAGCAUUGGCCCACAUGCUUCUGAUGUCUGAGGAGGUGCUGGACGAGUUUGACUUGAGCAAAUACAGAUUACCAGAGGAGGGACAACACAGACUUAUGCCAGCUGUGAGAUGCUGCAGGAAGGCUCUACUUGCUGGCUGUAAGCUAACGGAGAAGUCCUGUGAGAUUGUGGCCUCCGCUCUGCAGUCUGCAAACUCCCCCUUAAGAGAGCUGGACCUGAGUCAGAAUGACCUGCAGGAGUCAGGAGAAAAGCUGCUCUCUGCUCUACAGAGUCCAAACUGCAAACUGGAGACACUGAGACUUGUUGGCUGUAAGCUAAAAGGACAAUUUCUGGCCAUGACACUUCAGUGGGCAAACUCGCACCUAAGAGAGCUGGACAUCAGUGACAGUGAGCUUCAGGACUGUGGAGGAGAACUGCUCCAUCAACCACUGAAUCAAGACUGUAAAUUGAGACUCAUCAGCUGUAGACUCAAAGACAGCUCGUCUAAUGUUGUGGUCUCAGUUCUGCAGUCAUAUUAUUCUCAACUGAGUGAGUUGGACAUGAGUGGCUGUGAUCUGCAAACAUCAGAUGAGAAGCAGCUCUCUGGUCUUAGAAACCCAAACUGUCGACUGGAGAAACUGAGACUUGUUGGCUGUAAACUGAGAGGAAGAUUUCUGGCUGUGACUCUUCAGUGGGCAAACUCCCACCUAAGAGAGCUGGACAUCAGUGACAGUGAGCUUCAGGACUGUGGAGGAGAACUGCUCCAUCAACCACUGAAUCAAGUCUGUAAAGUCAGACUCAUCAGCCGUAGACUCAAAGACAGCUCGUCUAAUGUUGUGGUCUCAGUUCUGCAGUCAUAUUAUUCUCAACUGAGUGAGUUGGACAUGAGUGGCUGUGAUCUGCAAACAUCAGAUGAGAAGCAGCUCUCUGGUCUUAGAAACCCAAACUGUCGACUGGAGAAACUAAGACUUGUUGGCUGUAAACUGAGAGGAAGAUUUCUGGCUGUGACUCUUCAGUGGGCAAACUCCCACCUAAGAGAGCUGGACAUCAGUGACAGUGAGCUUCAGGACUGUGGAGGAGAACUGCUCCAUCAACCACUGAAUCAAGUCUGUAAAGUCAGACUCAUCAGCCGUAGACUCAAAGACAGCUCGUCUAAUGUUGUGGUCUUAGUUCUGCAGUCAUAUUAUUCUCAACUGAGUGAGUUGGACAUGAGUGGCUGUGAUCUGCAAACAUCAGAUGAGAAGCAGCUCUCUGGUCUUAGAAACCCAAACUGUCGACUGGAGAAACUAAGACUUAUUGGCUGUAAACUGAGAGGAAGAUUUCUGGCCUUGACUCUUCAGUGGGCAAACUCCCACCUAAGAGAGCUGGACAUCAGUGACAGUGAGCUUCAGGACUGUGAAGGAGAACUGCUCCAUCAACCACUGAAUCAAGACUGUAAAGUGAGACUCAUCAGCUGUAGACUCAAAGGCAGCUCCUCUGAGGUUGUGGUCUCAGUUCUGCAGUCAUGUAUUUCUCAACUGUGUGAGUUGGACAUGAGUGGCUGUGAUCUCCAAACAUCAGACGAGAAGCUGCUCUCUGGUCUUAGGAACCCAAACUGCCAGCUGGAGAAACUGAGACUUCUUGGCUGUAAACUGAGAGGAAGGUUUUUGGCCUUGAUUCCUCAGUGGGCAAACUCCCACCUAAGAGAGCUGGACAUCAGUGACAGUGAGCUUCAGUACUGUGGAGGAGAACUGCUCCAUCAACCACUGAAUCAAGACUGUAAAGUCAGACUCAUCAGCUGUAGACUCAAAGACAGCUCCCGUGAGUUUGUGGUGUCAGUUCAUUCAUAUAUUUCUCAACUGAGUGAGUUGGACAUGAGUGGUUGUGAUCUGCAAACAUCAGCAGAGAAGCUGCUCUCUGGUCUUAGAAACUCAAACUGCCACCUGGAGAAACUGAGACUUGCUGGUUGUAAGCUAACAGAGGAAUCCUGUAAGGCUGUAGCCUCUGCUUUGCAGUCCUUCAUCUCCCUAAAGGAACUGGACCUGAGUAAGAACCCACACCAGCCUCCACAUGAGCACCUGUCAACCCACUGUUUUGGAGCAAGAACUUUCGAGGAGUCCAGGAAGGAGAUCGGUGGCGGCGUAGCCGUCAUGGUAAAUAAGGGCUGGUGUCAAAGCGGGAACAUCACCGUGCUGCGGCGCUUCUGCUCUCCUGAGAUGGAAUUCCUGGCAAUAAAGUGCCGGCCUCACUACCUUCCACGCGAAUUUACAUCUGUGGUGAUCGUAGCCGUGUACAUUCCACCCCAGGCAUGCACAAAAACAGCUCUCACAGUGCUCCACGAUGCACUAAACAGCUACCAGGCUAGCGACCCCCAAGCUGCGUUAGUAGUUGCUGGCGAUUUCAAUAAAGCUAACCUGAAGAAAGUGAUGCCAAACCUCUAUCAACACAUUGACUGCACUACAAGGGGGUCAAGAACACUGGAUCAUUGUUAUACUCCGUUUAAGGGUGGAUACAAGGCCCAGUCUCUUGCUCCUGUGGGGAAAAGCGACCAUGCUGCUAUCUUCCUCUGGCCAUCGUAUGUCAACAAAGUACGAAGGGAACCCCCGAUGACGAGACAGGUACGUCGGUGGACCAACCAAUCAGAGGACAGCAUGCGAGUAGCACUUCACGAAGCACUUUGGGGUGAGUUCAAGAACGUCGCUGUUGAUGUCAGCACUGAUAUUGACGUGCUCACCGAGAAUGUCAUUGGAAUUAUUUCCACAAUCACAGAAAUGCAUGUACCCAAAGAGACUGUCAAAAUAUAUGGAAACCAGAAACCAUGGAUAAAUAAAAAUACACGGAAUGCCCUGAAACAACGCACAGCUGCAUAUAAAUUAGGACUGGAGACUGGCAAUAUGGAUGACUACAUUGCAGCAGCAUACAAUGUCAGAAAAGCAGUGAGGGAUGCCAAGAGGGAAUAUGGAAAGAAGGUGGAGUCCAAAUUCCAGCAAGGAGACCUAAAAAGCGUAUGGCAGGGGCUAAAAAUCAUGACUGACUACAAAGCCCCACCCCCCUCCUCAGGAGGUGCAAAUAAGGAGUUGGUAAACAGCCUCAACACUUUCUUUGCACGCUUCGACACCUGCCGUGACCAAGAGCCCACUGCAGCAUGUAAGGAGAGUGGCGGAGUAGGAGGGAACGGAGGACCACUCGUUCUCUCUGAACACGAUGUCAGGAGGACAUUCCAGCAAGUGAACACCAGGAAGGCUGCAGGACCAGAUGAGAUAGCUGGACGAGUUCUCAAGGUCUGCGCCGACCAGUUGGCACCAGUGUUCACAGCUAUAUUCAACCUGUCCCUGGCACAGUCCAUCAUCCCCACAUGCUUUAAAAAGUCUACCAUCAUCCCCAUACCCAAAAAGCCCAGCCCAGCCUGUCAUAACGACUAUCGCCCAGUUGCACUCACCUCUGUGCUCAGGAGCCUGGGGCUGAAUGACGCCCUCUGCACAUGGAUCCUGAACUUCCUGACAGAGAGACCCCAGGUGGUGAAAGCGGGCAGGCACACCUCAACCUCCCUCACCCUCAACACAGGGGCCCCCCAGGGCUGUGUUCUGUCCCCCCUGCUGUACUCCCUGUAUACGCACGACUGUACAGCCACCACAGACUCAAAUACCAUCAUUAAGUUUGCUGACGACACCGUAGUGGUAGGCCUAAUCCACAACAACGAUGAGGCGGCCUACCUGGAGGAAGUGAGGUGCCUGACCCAGUGGUGUCAGAGAAACAAUCUCCAUCUCAACGUCACCAAAACCAAAGAGAUGCUGGUGGACUUUGGGAGGAAGCAGGUGCGGGACUACACACCCUUAUCCAUCAGUGGGACCCCUGUGGAGAGGGUGGACACAUUCAAGUACCUCGGUGUCCAGAUCACUGAGGAUCUGACAUGGUCUACCCACCUGGACACUGUGGUAAAGAAAGCUAGGCAGAGACUGUACCAUCUAAGGAGGCUGAAGAAAUUCAGAGCAUCCAAAACAGUCCUGCAGAGCUUCUACUCCAGCACCAUAGAGAGCAUCCUGACUGGGUGCAUCACCGCUUGGUAUGGUAACACCACCAUCCAAGACCAAAAGGCCCUGCAGAGAGUGGUGCGUUCAGCUGAACGCACCAUAGGGGGGCAACUCCCUAACCUAAAGGACAUCUAUACCAAGCGGUGCAAGGACAAGACCACCAAGAUACUCAGAGACCCCAGCCACCCAGACUAUGGUCUGUUCUCUCUGCUUCCCUCAGGAAGACGAUACUGCACACUGGCGGCAAGGACUGAGAGACUCAGGAAGAGUUUCUUCCCCCAAGCCGUCCGGCACUUAAAUGGAACUGACUGCACAUAG